AUGGCGGUGCAGGCAGCCCUCCUCAGCCCGCACCCGUUCGUCUCCUUCGGCUUCGCGGGCGCCCCGGACGGGCUGGGGGUCGCCUUCGGAGCGCUGGACAAGGGCUGCUGUUUCGAGGACGAUGAGACCAGGGCGCCGGCGGGAGCGCUGUUGGCUGAAGCCGAGGGUGGGGACGUGCGCGAGGCCACCCGCGACCUGCUCAGCUUCAUCGACUCGGCGUCCAGCAACAUCAAGUUGGCACUUGACAAGCCCGGCAAGUCCAAGCGGAAAGUGAACCACCGCAAGUACCUGCAGAAGCAGAUAAAGCGCUGCAGUGGCCUCAUGGGCGCUGCGCCCCCGGGCCCGCCUUCCCCUGGCUCCGCAGACACGCCUGCCAAGCGGCAGCCUGUCGCCCCCAGCGCCCAGACCUUCGCGGUCCCGGCCCACUGCAAGGCUGCCCCCCGGCGGGAGGCGACACAGGCCGCGGCGGCUGCAAGCCUGCAGAGCCGGAGCCUGGCUGCGCUCUUCGACUCCCUGCAUCACGUCCCAGCGGGCGACGAGCCUGCGGGGGGCGCCGUUGUGGCGCCCGCGGCGGGGGUCGGUGGAACCAGUGCUGGGGGCGCUGGAGGGGAGGCAGCCGGCCCCGUAGGGGGCGCGGUGGCCCCUGGCACCAGGAAGGUCCCGUUGCGAGCUCGCAACUUGCCCCCAUCUUUCUUCACCGAGCCAUCCCGGGCUGGCGGCGGUGUGUGCGGCCCGUCGGGGUCCGGCAUGAGCCUGGGCGACCUGGAUAAGGGCGCCGACGCCAUGGAGUUCUUUGAGCUGCUGGGGCCGGACUAUUGCCCUAGCACUGAGGCGGGCGUCUUACUCGCGGCAGAGCCACUAGAUGGGUUCCCCGCUGGGGCCAGUGCCCUGCGGGGACCCCCGGAGCUGGAACCCGGCCUAUUUGAGCCGCCGCCGGCGAUGGUGGGGAGCCUGCUGUACCCCGAGCCCUGGAGCGCCCCGGGUCCACCAACCAAGAAGAUGUCCCUGGCGGCUGCCCGUGGCGGUUUGACCUUGAACGAGCCCUUGCGCCCCCUGUACCCAGCCGCUGAGGACUCUCCUGGCGAGGACGACAGGCAUGGCCAUUUAGCUUCUUUCACCCCCUUCUUCCCAGACUGCGCCCUGCCCCAGCCGCCCCACCAGGUGUCCUACGAUUACAGCGCGGGUUACAGCCGCCCAGCUUACUCUUCUAGCCUUUGGAGACCGGACGGGGUUUGGGAAGAAGUGCCAGGGGAGGAGAGGGCGCAUCGGGACUGA